AGUAAUCAGUUGACAAUCAAGCAGUUUAGUCAUCAUGAAGACAUUUGUGUUAAUUUUUACACUGUCACUUAUUUGUGGAUCAAUGUCAGAUGACACAGGACCUUUUGGCAAAGCCUUUGAAGAUUUAACAAAAUCCAUCAAGUUAGUCAGUCAUUCCAUAUCAUAUGACAAAUACAUCAACAAAAUUGUCUUAGACUGUACCGAAAAGUCAUUGAACCUUACUCAAAAUGACGACACAAUAAUCAGUGAAAGGCAGGCUAUGAUAUUAGCUAUAGCAGCUUACGUCGAGUGUCUACAAACAAAUGAAAACGAACCUUUGGGCAUUGGUGGAAUGAUCAAUUCAGAUAAAGACGAACUGUCAGGCUUCCAUUCUGAAACCAUUCAGGACAUUGAGCCGACUUAUCCAGGGUUUUUUUGGAGAUUGGAAGGAGGAAUAGGUGGAAGAUUGGAUGACAGAGAAAAAUUUGGCGGAUUAUCAAAAAUUAAAAUAAUAAGUUAAUUUUUUCAAACUAACAUGAUUUUUAAAAUUUC